AACGCGGACAGACGACGCACAUGUUGGCUACAGACAGUGGGAAAAGAAGACAGAAAGGAACGGUGCCAGGGUUUUAAUACUAGAAUUCAUCGACUGAUACAGCUCAGAAUACUAUGGAGGAACCAAGCAGUGAGAUGUGUUUGAAAGUGUUAAGAGACGCCAAAUCUGACAAUGAAAAAUUUGCUGCUUUAUUACUGAUAGCAAAACUAACUAAAGCAAAACCUCUAUCAAGUGAAGAAAGGAAUGACUUGUUAUCAACAGUUGGCUUGAAGUUCCUUACCAGGCUUCUCAAAUCUAAGUCUGCUCCAGAGGGAUGUGCUGCUAGCAUAUAUCAAUCAAUCGCUCUGAGUAUCCUGUCUGGUCUGUGUACCGAACCUCAUCAGAUUGCACAAGUAGGACUGAAGAGAAACAUUGAAAUCUUGAAUGGGAUAGUGUUAACGAACCCAGGAGGUACUGACGGGGAGGAUGAGGUGGUGACAACUAUGGUUGCUGACUGUUAUGACAUACUACAGAACCUGGCCAGCACAGCGGAAGGAUGUGAUCAGCUGCUGGCCAACUUGACACCCAUCACGCUGUGCAGAAUCAUCCUUGACAACCUGUAUGGGGCGGAGAGAGCAGAGGGUGUGCUGAGAUGUAUGCUGUCUGUGGUUGGACCUAAGGUGUGGCUGACACACAGACAGACUAAGCUUCUUCACAGCAUGAUGGUCCACCUUGUAAAAUCAUUCAACAAAUUUCAGGAUGACAACAAAUUUGAAAUGUGCGGCUUCCUACAACAAAUGCUUCAAAGUAUUCCUGAUGACAUGGUUGAAGAAUGUAAGAAAAGUACUUGGCUGCCAGUCUUGGUGAAAACAGUGAGAGAAAUCCUUACCAGUAGAUUAGGUGAGGACCAGCGAAAUCCUACUUUGUGCUUGGUUGCUGCCAUGAUUGACCGCCUAGGAGUGACCACUGUCCUUCCACCACUGACCUCCGACCAGCAGCUUCUUCUGGUCAUCACUCACCUGAGCUGUAUAGAAAUCAGGAUGAUAUUAGAAAACUUCCCUUUUGAGCAGGUCGUGGAGAAGGCAGAUGUUCUGUGUAGCUGUUAUCUGCUGAUGGAAAACAUCAUUUACUACAUGACCAAUUCUCCGUCAAUGAAGCUGGAUGAGAAACAGGUCACGCAACUCCACCAUGCCAUGGUGGGCUCUGUUAAUGCAAUCUUGGGUUUUCUCCGGGAGGCCUCUGAGAAGGAAACCUCAAAUAAAUAUCCAGAGCCCGUCGUGAUUGCCACUAUCCGAGUCCUUGGGGUGUGGAUGUCCGAGGAGACUUCUGCUCUUAAGGAACACACAUACGCCUUGGUGCCUUAUCUCCUAAAAGUCUGUAAACAGCAGGUGCAAUCCAGAAAGAUGGCUAAAGUCGGUGGUGAUGGAAUCAAAGGAUGUUGUAACACACCGACAGGAAUGUCUCAACAACACAAUAGUCAACAGGACACGACGCUUACCAACCAGUCACAGAAAUCGUCAGUAGGUAAAGACAAUGCUGGUCCAGUGACCUCUCAGGACAGUCCAGGGUCAGAGGUCACACAAAAUAUUAAUCCUGCUGAAGAGAAUCUUUUAUCUUCAAUGGAGCAAUGUGACAUUAAAUGCGACGACAACAAAGUUUCAGACAUUUCUAAACAAUGUGAGGAAAGAAACCAGUCAGGUCAGGGAAAUACUGCAGAUUCUAAUUCAGUCCUGGAAAGUGAUAUUCUAAACAAUCAAAACCAAAGGGAGAGAAACAACAAUGUGACAGACAUUUCUUCCCACAAAUCUAAAUCAGUGUCCUUUAGUUUAGAAGCCUGUGGAGACUGUGGAAGUGAUGAUGGUUUACAUGACACAGGAGAUAACCAUAGCUGUGAUGACGUUGAUCUGCUACGCUUCCUGUUACCAGCCUUCUGUCACUUCAUGGCAGAGGACGAGUCACGCCAGAUACUGCUUAUCAACCAUUCACAGACUCUGCUGGUCGACUACUUCAAGCUCUGUCUCAGCACAGUCUUGGAGGAAGAAGAUAGCAAACAGGCAAAGGGGAGCUUGUUGGUGGUGUGUGGAGCCUUAAUGAACCUAGUGGUGUUAGAGAAAGAUCUGAUUUCUACAGACGAUGACAUGCACAUCCUGUGUCAGGUUGUCAUGGAGGCAGUGCCACUUCUCUUGAACCGAGAAGAGUAUCUGAUUUUGUGGUGUAACCUUGUCACAUUAGGGAUGUUCCUGUUACUGCGCCAGUACAAAACCUCCAAAGUACUUUCCGACCAGAAAUCAAGGUUCUUUGUCGUGGUGAUGUCGUUUGUGAAAGGUCCAUUUACCAUCAAGUCCCAUAAACAGAAGGAGGUGCUCCAGAUCAGUGACGUGUACACACCAGUGUGGGAGGAUGUCUCCGAACUAUGGCACCUUACCCUCCAGGCCAUUUGUGAGUGUAUCCCACUGUCUCCAGUCCUGUCACACACACUGCUGUCUACUGGGGUCCUACCUCACUGGAGGAAACUACUGACCAAGGUCUCCGGUAAGGGUGUGCCAGACAGUGUUCAAGACAGCAUAUUAAAACUGAUCACAGCCGCAGUGAAAACCAGCCCCAAAGUACGGGAAGUUGCCAGGACAACAGGGUACCCCGACAUUUCACAAACUUACAAGCACACAGAGCUACAAAGCUUGCUGACUUGAACCUGGUGAACGCUUCACAUUGACAAGAAGGCACCAUACAUCAUCACUUUAUUUCAUUUUAUUGACUGCAUCAUUAAAGUGCAUAUUAAGUUUUACUCAAAGUGUUCUCUUAUUUGUUAAUGUAUGUUUUACCCGAAAUUUUAUUCUGUGCAUUUAGGAGUCUUAAGCUGAACAAAUACCUCUUAUUGUGCCUUUGACCUUUGGUUGAGCAUGCAAAAAAGAUUACUGAUCAUACAUUUGAACA